AUACUGAGUGUCAUGUUCGGUUACGUCAUCUCAAGGCGACUUUACAAAACGUAUAUUGUACUACCACUGAUUAUCUACGCAUGCCUCAUGUACCGGAUGUUGGAAAACACGUGCAGGAAGCAAAUGGUUAAUGAGGAAAUAUUACGCUAUGGUAAUCAGUAUGAUCCAACUUCCCGGAAAAUAAUGCAGGUGUACGGCAAUCAUACAGAAAACUUGUUGGAAAUAGUCGAAGAUUACAUAGAUAUUCAACAAAGAAGGCAACAAGUGAUUCAGUCUUUACGUCAUUUUAUAUCUAGUGGUGAAUUUUCACUUCUCGAGGAGAACAGUAUUAGCGGCCUAGAUACACUCAUUACUAAAAAAGUUUUAAACAACCCAACUGAAACAAAAGCAAUAUUGAAUCACGUAGACACUAUUAAUUACGUCAAGAGACCAAGAUAUCUGAUCAAUUGCUCUAAUAUUCAUGAAGUGCGAUUGUUAUCUAAGAUUGGACAUGGUGUCUCUAAACAAACAUUCAAAGCAGACUUUAGAGGAAUGCCAGUUGCAGUCAAAAUGGUCACAAGGCACCAAAGUGAAGUCAAAUCAUGUAUUGAUAAAAUCAAUGAAGGUCAUCAGAGAAAAGGCGAAUUAAGAUCAAGGUGUUUCGUGUUUCCGACGAUGAAACUGAUGAAAGAGAUAUUACUGCUGGAGCAAGUCUCUAAUCCAGGAUUUGCUCGGUUACUAGGAUACUGUGUUAGGAACGAAGAAAGUGAAACUACAGAUCUUACUGAACGAGGAAUUGUCAGCGUUUUUGAACUCGGUGAACGUGUGAUGUUUUACAAUCUACAAACAUUGACAUGGCAGCAUAGACUAAGGCUAGCCACAGAACUUGCUGAGUUUUUGAACUACCUAGAACAUUCUCCUCUUGGAUCGCUCAGGAUCAGGGAUUUUAAAGAGGAACACUUUCUUAUGAUUAACGAUAGCUUAAAGAUGAUAGAUCUGGACGAUGUUGAUAAUUUAGAACCAGCAUGUCAUGUUUAUGUAAGUGCCGAUGCUCAAGAUGAAUUAAUCAAAAGUGGUAAAUCAAAUGGUUGUGAAUUCGACCUGACGUGUGAUAGAGGACUAUGCGUGGGAUUUAAUGCAAAACAAAACAUGAAGUUUAUGAACAAAUUAUUUUUCAAAAAAUUGUUAUUUCCAACAGUAUUUCCAAAAAUAAUUUCUCAAGAAGUCGGCUCACUGCUGGCGGAUAUUGAUAGUAAUAAAUUAUCCGGGGCGACGCUUUCAUACAGAUUAUAUGAGUUACAGAAUAAUUAACAAUCAGUCUGCCGUGUGUCUACUGUUUUAGCCUGAAAUAGUUCAUGUUAGGGGCUUAUGUGCCCACCAUACAAUGUGAAAAGUCGGUGAGGCCCAAAAUUCAAUGCAGUAAUGAUUUGUGUUAGUAUGUGUAAGUUAGAUUCUUAUAAAAAAUGUUUAGCCCAUAGUGGAAAGAAGCACAACAAACAUAGAAUGAAGUAGUAGAGCCUGCCAUAAAAUUUGAAUGUGCGAAUGUCCAGUCGGAAGCAAACCAAUUACAACAAAACAGACGUGUUUGUAAACCCUUUUUUCUAGACAAUCGUAUCCUGACAAUCUGUCUCCAAUUUGAAGCAACAUGAUGAAAUAAUUUCGAUAUGAUAAAAAAAUUACUAAAGUGAUGCUACAAAAUAUUUCUGCGUAAAAAUGACUUCAUAUUUCUCAUAAAGUUACAUGUCAGUAAAGUUAAAAGCUUUUACCUUGAAAGUACUUGAUUUUGAGCAAUAUCUUUAUUUGAGCUUACAUUUGCCGAAACAUAUUUAGUAUAUCUUACGAUUUCAAUAAUGAUCCAUAUUUGGCUAGGCUACUUUUAUGUAAUUAUAUUGGAAUGUCAU